CUCGUGCUCUCCUGCUCCAGGCUGCACUCUGGCGAUCUUGUGCGCGAGAGCAGAGCGGAGCAAAGUGUGUGUGUAGCUGGUAAGCAUCUCCUUACACUGUAGGACCGUACGGCAGUGCGAGCGAACAAGCUCAUUCUCACCGGUGCCUACUUCUGAGCUCCCGGGACGUCAACGGAACUACACCGAAGUGAAGAUACAAAACAAAAAAAACAAAAAAAAACACACCGGUUGGUUUGCGCGUGGACCCUUAUUCGUACGCUUGUUCGCACUAACAAAAUAAAAGGACAGUACCUGGAUAACGAACCCGUCGCGGAGCCCGGGAAAACGGUGAGGAGAAACAAGAGCGGAGGAGAAAGAGCAGAACGGAAGGCAGGAUGAAUCUCAAGCACCAUUUGAUCUUGACACUCUACAGUGUCUGCGGGAUUGUUGUUAAAGCGACGGCUUCGAAAAGCAAAAUUAGAGGAAGCAGCGGCCAGCACCCCCUGGUCCAGAACAUGACGGUGACGGAGGGAGGCACGGUCAACAUGACCUGCCGCGUGGAGUACAACGACAACACCUCCCUCCAGUGGUCGAACCCGGCACAGCAGACGCUUUUCUUCGGAGACAAGAAAGCUCUGAGGGAUAACAGGAUUGAGCUGGUGCGUGCGUCCUGGCAGGAGCUGACCAUCAGCAUCAGUGACGUGGCGCUGAGCGAUGAAGGCAUGUACACCUGCUCUCUGUUCACCAUGCCCGUCAGGACCGCCAAGGCCUACCUCACUGUCCUGGGGGUGCCAGAGAAGCCUGAGAUCGACGGGAUGACCAAGCCGGCCCUGGAGGGAGAGCAGAUCACCCUGACCUGCAUCACCCAGGGCAGCAAGCCCGCCGCCGACCUGCGCUGGUUCAGGAACGAGGAGGAGAUCAAAGGUGCUAAGGAGGUGAAUGCCAGCGGUAAGACCUUCACGGUGCGCAACUCCCUGCAGCUGCGGGUUGACAGGAACGAUGACGGCGUGGCCUACACCUGCAAGGUGGACCACGUGGCCCUGACCCAGUCGCCACAGCAGGCCACCGAGGUCCUGGAGGUCCACUAUGCCCCUCGUGUGGAGAUCACACACUCGCUGACCUUCCCUCAGGAAGGCCAGUAUCUGAAGCUGGAGUGCGUGUCCAAAGGCAAUCCCUCGCCGGACCCCGUCAUGUGGACCAAGGACGGGGGCGAGCUGCCCGACCCGGAGCGCAUGAUCGUGGAGGGACGCGAGCUCACCUUCACCUCCCUCAACAAGACGGACAACGGCACCUACCGCUGCGAAGCCAGAAACCACCUGGGCACCAGCAGCGCCGAAUACAUCCUCUACGUCUACGACGUCCCCACCACCCCGCCUCCACCCACCACUCCUCCCCCCCAUCCCACCCCUCCAGACACCGCCGUCCUCUUAGACAGCCACGCCUCAGAACGCACGAUCACCGACGAGAGAGGUACAGUACCCCCCCCCUCCCCCCCCCUCAUACCCACACCAGUGCACACCUCUCUCCUCACACACACCCUUCCCCAUCUCCUGUCUCCUCCGUCCACCGCAGGCCUGGUCCUCCCUCUCUCCUCCUUCUCGCUCACACCGUCCAUGGCAGUGCUCCUCUGGAUACACGCCUAUUUUCUCUUCCACCCUUCCACUGGCGAUUAA